AUGGCCCAUUUGCGACGCAGCAGUCGGGGUAUCGAUGCCCCUCGUCCCCGAGGACAAUCCCCCGAGCGGGCGUCGUUGGCUAAGUAUGGCUAUCGACCGCAAGCAACUCCCCCACACCCCGCCCUCAGAAUCGGGCAGCUGGUUGUGAGCUCUUCGACGCCCAAGCCGCAGACAAGGUCGCUGUGGGUGGCUUGGCUCUACAUCUUCGAUUGGUACCCCAGCCAUUACUCCAAGGAAGAGAAGAAGUUGCUUCGGAAGCUUGACAGCAUUCUUCUCUCACUCUGCUGUUUGAUGUUCUUUUUGAAAUGGCUUGACUCAGCCAACAUCAACCACGCCUAUGUCUCCGGCAUGGAAGAGGACUUGAAACUCACAGGAAACCAGCAAGUGAACCCUCAAUUGAUAUACUCACUCUUUGGAACAUUCUACAACAUUGGGUACCUCAUCUUCGAGAUCCCCUCCAUGAUGAUUAUCUCCCGCCCACACAUCACUCGCUGGUACCUCCCCACAAUGGAAUGCCUCUGGUCCAUCACGACCUUUGUUCAAUGCAAACUCCGCAACGAAUACGACAUUUACGGCAUCCGCUUUCUCCUCGGAGUUCUCGAGACCCCGGCAGCCACGGGCGCAAUCUAUCUCCUGACCUCGUGGUACCGCAGCGACGAGCUCUUCAAGCGCGCAGGUGUGUGGUAUGUCUCGUCCAACAUUGGCGCCAUGUUUGGCGGGUAUCUCCAGGCUGCGGCGUACAACAAUCUCAACGGUGUCGCCGGCAUGGCUGGCUGGCGGUGGCUGUUUAUUAUUGACGGCAUUAUCAGCUUGCCCAUCUCCAUUGCGGGAUUCUUCCUGUUCCCUGGCUUGCCGACGAGUCCCAAGGUUUGGUGGCUCACGGAUGCUGAGCAGAAACUUGCUCAAGCACGGAUGAGAGAUGACGGGGUCAAGGAGAGCAAGAGGAUUGGGAAGAGGAUGCUGAAGCGCGUCUUCACUCACUGGCACUUUUACCUCGCCGUUUUCACCUACGUCUUCUUCCAAUGCACCUCCUAUGUCGCUGGUCAGAUGGCACUCUGGCUCAAGCACGAGGCCACUUUGCAUGGCACAUACACUGUUGCUGAGAUCAAUGUCAUCCCCACCGGCGUCCAAGCAAUCUCCAUCGUGGCCGGUGUCGUUGCCACUUCGCUGUGUAUGAUCUACCCCAUAUGGGCCGUCAUGUGCGUCGUGGCAAGCAUCCUCUUCUUCGCAAACGUAUGUCUCCUGAUCUGGGACAUCCCAACUGGGCUGCACUUUGCCGCCUACUAUAUGCUUGGCCUCACUAGUUGUUUCACACCGAUAUUCUUCCCUUGGAUCAACAUGAUUAUGAAAGACGACAACGAAGCCAGAGCUUUCACUACCGGAGCCAUGAUGACUUGCGGGUGGAUCUUUUUCAGCUUCUACCCAAUCACCGUCUUUCCAAAGCUAGAGGCUCCCAAGUGGAGGAAAGGAUUCACAGUCAAUACCACCUUCGUAGCCAUCUGGUGGACUCUUUUCAUGGUUGGCCAGUACCUGUGGCGUCGCGAUAUCAAGAAGGGAAAGUACAGUACCGACGCGGACGCCAGCAGCGUACAAGAUAUCAAAGGAGACGACAUGAUGCAUGUCGAAGUUUCUAGCGAGAAGGAGACAAAGGUGUAG